GUUAGUCGCGUGCGCGGGAGGUCGUUUUGAUCAUCAGACAAAACCAACGGGAGAAAUUAAGAGCACGCGAUCGCCACGAGGUUGUGUUGACAAUAUUCGUAUUCAGUGAUGUAAACAAUUUAAAUCACCUGUUAGCUAAUCGCGCUUAUCGGGGCUCCGCGGUCUGAGCGGAGUCAGUUGCCGACAGCGAUCGAGUGUGGUGACACGGUUUAGUGAGAAAUGCCAGCGCUUGGCUACGAAAUGACGACGUCAUAUGAAAUGUGUUCGACGCGGUACGUGGUGAAUGAGGAGUACAUGAUGCCUCAGUUGUGGGACAAGCAAGUGCCGAGUCCCUACUCCACAUACAUGUAUAGAGGUGUACCGGAAAGCCAGCCUCGCGUCGAAGCUGCUAUGUUUUACAGUACAUAUACUGACAUGCAACUUGAGACCAGCAGUAGUGAGGCGAGCGGUACGAGUAGUACCUCGCUAUCCCAGCACUGUGCUAUCUGUGGCGAUCGUGCCACUGGCAAACACUAUGGGGCGUCCUCAUGCGACGGUUGCAAGGGCUUCUUCAGACGUAGUGUUAGAAAGAAUCAUCUAUAUACUUGCCGAUUUAGCCGAAACUGUGUCGUGGACAAAGACAAGAGGAAUCAGUGCCGAUAUUGCCGUUUAAGGAAGUGCUUCAAAGCCGGAAUGAAAAAGGAAGCGGUUCAGAACGAAAGAGACAGAAUCAACUGCAGAAGGCCGUCAUACGAGGAGCCGACACAGGCGAACGGACUGUCUGUCACGUCGCUACUCAAUGCAGAAUUGCUCAGCAGAAAAGUGACUGAUGAGACACAUAACACAACAGAUGCAGAGAUCAGUAACCGCAAUUUGGCGAAGAUUAACGAUGUGUGUGAUUCAAUCAAACAACAACUUUUGAUUCUGGUUGAAUGGGCUAAAUAUAUUCCCGCCUUCACAGAGUUACAUAUCGAUGACCAGGUUGCAUUGCUGAGGGCACACGCGGGUGAACAUCUGUUGUUGGGUUGUGCGAGGCGGUCCAUACACCUUAAAGAUGUCCUGCUCUUGGGGAACAAUUGCAUUAUCACCAAACACAAUAUAGAUGGCCGGAUGGAUGUGGACAUCAGUAUGAUCGGAAUGAGAGUGAUGGAUGAGAUCGUGACGCCGCUUCGAGAGAUUGACAUCGAUGACACGGAGUUCGCUUGCCUCAAAGCUAUCGUCUUUUUUGAUCCCAACGCAAAAGGCCUCUCCCAACCGCAGAAAAUAAAGCAGCUCAGGUAUCAGAUCCAGAUAAAUCUGGAGGAUUAUAUAAGUGACAGGCAGUAUGAGGGGCGUGGUCGGUUCGGCGAACUCCUCCUUUGUCUUCCACCCCUCCAGAGCAUCACCUGGCAGAUGAUUGAGCAGAUACAAUUCGCCAAACUGUUUGGUGUGGCCCACGUUGACAGCUUGUUACAGGAAAUGUUGUUAGGAGGUGCGUCAACAGAGAGCGCCGUGGAGGGGCAAGGUCAGGCUGCUUCCCCCCUUUCUUCAGCUGCGUCUCCCCCCCUCGUGCCUCAGAUUCCUAUAGCAGAACCCUUCAUGGACGCAGCCUUCAAACAAGAACCCACCAUGUAGAUGUAAAAGGCUUGGAUAUAAAAUAUAAUAAACUAAAAAUAAUUUCAAGAGUUAAAACCAAGAAAUUAAUGCAAAUAAUUUUUUACCAAUUGUCAGCAAUGGCAAAACGAAAGAUCUCGAAAAAUAUUUUAUAUCCAUUUCUUUGUGAGUUCCGCAAAUAUUGCCAUUUUCAGAUAUAUUUCCAGUAUACAACAUUUUAUAUUUGUAUACAAAAUCUCAAAUCAGAAGUGCCUUUAGUUAUUUACAUUCUGACACCAAAGUAAACUUUUAAAUGUUAUUUUGUAAAGAUCUCUUUCAUAACUUUGGUGCAGCAUUGUAUAUAUCAGAGUUUUAAAUUAUACAAUAUAUGUCCAUAUACAUAGGUGCUAUAUUUUUAUAUCGUUACAAUAAAUGAGUUGAGCUAAAUUUGUGUUUUUGAACAUUUCUUCGAGGCCAUAUUUAUAGAAAGUCUGCUUCAAUAACGCAAAAGUUUUAAUUCUUGCGUUAGGGAGCGUUCAAGUAUUACGUCACGCAAUUUUUGGAGAUUAUUGACCCCCCCCCCCCCCCAUGUAACGCGCCGUAACGUUUUUGUCUACACAAUAGUAAAACGUUUCGUGACCCAGUGACUCUUUAUACCUAAAAGUUACCUACCAUUAUGUGGUGUAAUUUACUGGAAAGUCGAAAAUAAUAUUAACAUUACGCAUUAUGCGUAGUUUAAUUCCCGUCCCGCAUCGUUACGUUUUACAAGAGGUCUCCCCCCCUCCCAAAAUUCGUUACGUAAUACUUGAACGCUGCCUUAUAUAUUUUUAAGGUUAAUCCCGAAUUAUAGCUUUGAUUAUGUCCUGCAAUAUUACUAAACGUAACAAAUAUUUAGGUGAAUAGAAAGUAGACUGACAUGUUGCUUAGUUUUUAAUAUUAUGCUCAAUUUAAUCGUUGGAAUUGGUUACUUUAAGAUGGUGCAAGUCUUCAUUCGUAGGGUCCAAUACGAUAUAUCUCGUGUUUGCCUUAAUAGGUGCCUUAUUUUCUUCCAAGGUGUAUUGUAUAUAUCUACAAUGUUAUGACGUAAAUCAAUAAAUAUUUGUUGAAAU